GUUAUUGAAAAUUCGGGCGGACGAUGGUAAUGAAGUAGAUUGUGUUAUAAAGUUUAUUUUAAUUGAGUAAUUUUAGUAAAGAAAUUUCAUGAAUGAUAGGAAAUUAUGAUGGGGAUGCUUCCUUCGCCUUCGCAGGUUGCAAAGUCACAUACAGCAAUCUAUGAAGCAUUUUAUCGGCAGGUUGAUCCAGCUGAGACUGGCAGUGUGUCAGCUCUUGAAGCAGCUGCUUUUCUCAAACGUUCAGGUCUUCCAGAUGCAAUACUAAGCAAAAUAUGGGAUAUGUCAGAUCCUCAAGGGAAAGGAUUCUUGGAUAAGCAAGGAUUCUUUGUUGCUCUUAAACUUAUUGCACUUCAGCAAAAUGGGAAGGAUCUCACUAUAGCAAAUAUGAGCCUUGAUGUGCCGCCUCCACAAAUGCAAACUUUAAGUGGCAGAAACUCUCCUGCUGUGGACUGGACUAUAAAGCCUGUUGAAAGGAAAAAAUAUGAAGAAAUGUUUUAUUCUAUGGGUCCUGUUUCAGGCAAAUUACCUGGAGAUAAAGUUAAACCAGUAAUGCUGAAUUCCAAACUUCCUUUAGAUAUCUUAGGAAAAAUUUGGGAUCUCAGUGACACAGAUCAAGAUGGUUUUUUAAGCAAAGAAGAAUUUAUAUUAGCCAUGCAUCUAGUUUAUAAAGCUUUGGAGAAUAUACCAGUACCUUCGGUGUUACCUCCUGAAUUGAUGGCUAUUCUUAAGCGAAAACAUAGUAUAUCUGGAAUGGUUAAAGUAUUACCAGAUGUUUUGCCUCACAGUAUUGAUAAUACUGUUACUGGUCACAUUAGGAGAUCCAGUACACCAUCUUCUGAUAUUAUUGGCAGAGGACCAACAUGGAUUGUAAAUGCCAUUGACAAAGCAAAAUAUGAUGAAAUGUUUCACACCUUAGAUACAGAUAAAGAUGGAUUUGUCUCUGGUCCUGAUAUUAAAGAUACACUUUUAAAAUCAGGGUUAUCUCAAGUGGUUCUUGCUCAUAUUUGGAACUUAUGUGAUAUAAAGCAGAAUGGUAAAUUAAACUCAGAACAAUUUGCUUUAGCUAUGUAUUUAGUGCAACAGAAACUUCAAGGUAUUGAAGUUCCCGCAGCUUUAUUUCCAGAAAUGAUUCCUCCAACACUAAGGCCCAAACCGUCACCAGAUAUUACUCAGGAUGUAACUCUGCCAGUAACUACUGAUAGUGAAUCUUCAGGAAGCAAAGAACUCGAUAUGAUUAGUAGUGAAAUAAAAGAACUUCAAAUGGAAAAAAUGACUCUUGAAAAAGAUCUUGCUCAGAAGGAAGCUGAUGUCAAAAUAAAGAAUGGAGAGCUGAAAAAUUUGCAAAAUGAGCAAGAUGCCCUAGAAACUAUGCUUAAACAGCUAGAAAUUCAAAAAGGAGAGGCCCGUAAAAGGUUAAAUGACCUAGACAAACAGAAAAGCUCCCUUGACCUUAACCUUUGUGAUUUGAUGGCUCAAACAGAGGAUGAAGUCAAUCAGAUUGACGCUAUGAAAAAGCAAAAAGAAGAACAAGAAUCAGAGCUAGAGGCACAAGAGCAAGAGCUAAAUAAUAAACGCAAAGAACUAAAUGAGUUAAGACAAGAAGAAUCGAAACUUGAAAGUCAGAUAAGUGCUGGAAAAGCUCAACUAGAUGCCUUAACUACUACUUUACAGAAUACUAUAUUACAAAUCAGUCAAUUGAAAUUGAAAAUAGAUCAGAUACAAGAGCAGCAUAGGUUGAUGAGUGAAGCAAUCAAAGAUAUGGAUAAUGCUAUAUCCUUUGGAGAUUUUCGUAAUGUAUCUGAAUUUACUUUGAAUGGUUUUCAACCUCUUAAUGAAGCGGAUGUUAUAAAUUUGUCUCCCACUGUUCCCAAAGCAGUAAUUGAAAAUGAAGUUACUCCUAGUGUUGUACCUGUUGGGGAUUUUCAGGAAGAUCCAUUUAAAAGUAAAGAUCCAUUUGAGGGUAAAAUAAAUGGAUUUGUAAAUGAUCCAUUUGCCGGAGAAGAUCCAUUUAAAUCAGAUCCAUUUAAGGAUAGCUCUGUUUCUACUGUCGAUCCGUUUGGUGGAGAUCCCUUUGAAAAUGUAUUUAAUGUGACAGCAGCUCAACCUAACAAUAAGGAUGACCCCUUUCUCGGAAGUGAUCCAUUUGGAAAUUUUAAUGCUCCUGCUGCAGCAAAUGCAGAUAAAGAUCCAUUUGAUCCUUUUGGCCUUUCAAAAACAAAUGCCAACUCUGCUGUUGUGGGUUUUUGAUGCUGACCCAUUUGGUGCUGAUCCUUUUGGACCUGUAGCACCACCUAGGCCAGAGAGCCCAACACC